AUACAUCGAGAACUGGACAGGUCUGCAGAUGUUACGAGAAAUGGACAUGGAGCUGUACACGGGGCUGCAAAGACUGACGAUAACCAGGAGUAAUGUACAGACGAUAGACGAUCGCGUUUUCUCCAAGAACCUCCACCUCCGCUACAUAAAUCUGUCGAAGAACCCGAUCAGCUCGCUGUCCUGGCGGAUCUUCGAACCCCUGCAGCUCUUUGAACUUCACCUGGAGGAUGUGACGUUCACCUGUGGCUGUAAGAUUCGCUGGCUGCAAAUAUGGCAACAGAGAGGGGAGGCAGGGCUUAGCAGCCAGCAGUUAUACUGUUCUGAUGACAUCAUGAGGAUCCCGCUGCAGGACAUGAACGUCAGCAGCUGUGACCUCCCAGAGAUCAGCGUCAGUCACAGUAACCUCACAGUAAUCGAGGGUGAUCGAGUGACCGCCAUCUGCAACGGAUCAGGGUCACCUUUACCGGAGGUGGACUGGCCCGUUAAAGGUCUUCACUCCAUCAAUGCACAAGAGGAUCGACUAUACGACAACAACACUAUCCACUCCAUCAACAUCACGCUGGUCAAUGUCAGCAGAGAUGACAACAACUUCCUGUUGACCUGCAGAGUGACCAACAUGGUCGGUAUGACCAACGCCUCAGUGCAGCUCACCGUGCAUUUCCCUCCAACCAUCGUGAAGCUUAAAGAGCCUGAACGUCGCCAUGACACAUGCAUCGAGUUCACGGUGAGGGGGUCACCACACCCAUCGCUGCGUUGGUUCUACAAAGACAAGGAGAUCAGUCACACAGAGUACGUGCGUCCCGACAUGGACAUCUAUCAGGAUUACAUCGAGGGCUGCCUCACCUUUAAAAACCCGACUCAUCAUAAUAACGGAAACUACACGCUGGAGGCCACCAACUACCUGGGCUCAGCCAGCAGCACGGUGUACGGCCACUUCCUGGACAAACCGUUUGAAGGUCCAGAAGAUUACGAUUAUGUGACUCCACCCAUAGAGACUCACAGACGUGAAGACGAACCAAUAGGGGUCUCUCUCGCCGUGGGUCUGGCGGGCGUUGGCUGUGUGAUGUUGGUCGUUCUCUUCUUACUCUUGAGCAAAUAUGGCCGACACUCCAAGUUUGGGAUGAAAGGUCCAGUGGCAGUUAUCAGUGGUGAGGAAGACUCUGCCUCUCCGCUUCAUCAUGUCAACCAUGGGAUCAUCAGUCCGUGUACCCUGGACGGGGGAGCAGACACCGUGGUCAUCGGGAUGACGAGGAUCCCCGUCAUCGAGAACCCGCAGUACUUCAGACAUGGACACACCUGCACCAAGCCCACCACAUACGUUCAGCACAUAAAGCGCAGAGACAUCAUCCUGAAGAGAGAGCUGGGCGAGGGAGCGUUUGGAAAGGUGUUCUUGGCCGAGUGUUACAACCUGAGCCCCACCAAGGACAAGAUGCUGGUGGCUGUGAAGACUCUCAAAGAUCCAACUCUGGCGGCAAGGAAGGAUUUCCAGCGAGAGGCGGAGCUUCUGACCAACCUGCAGCAUGAACACAUCGUUAAGUUCUACGGCGUCUGUGUGGAUGGAGACCCACUCAUCAUGGUGUUUGAGUACAUGAAACAUGGAGACCUUAACAAGUUCCUCAGAGCCCAUGGGCCAGACGCCAUGAUCCUGGUGGACGGCCAGCCCCUGCAGACCAAUGGAGAGCUGGGUUUGUCUCAGAUGCUGCACAUAGCCAGUCAGAUCGCAGCAGGGAUGAUCUACCUGUCCUCUCAGCACUUUGUCCACCGAGAUCUGGCCACCAGGAACUGCCUGGUAGGAAACGGGCUUUUGGUGAAGAUCGGGGACUUCGGGAUGUCCCGGGACAUUUACAGCACCGACUACUACAGGGUGGGGGGUCACACCAUGCUGCCAAUACGCUGGAUGCCUCCAGAGAGCAUCAUGUACAGGAAGUUCACCACAGAGAGUGACGUGUGGAGCUUUGGAGUCAUCCUGUGGGAGAUCUUCACAUACGGAAAACAGCCAUGGUUCCAGCUCGCCAACAACGAGGUGAUUGAGUGUAUAACUCAGGGCCGGGUCCUGGAGCGUCCCAGAUUAUGUCCCAAAGAAGUCUACGACAUGAUGCUGGGCUGCUGGCAGAGAGAGCCCCAACAGCGCCUCAAUAUCAAGGACAUCCAGAAGAUGCUCUUCACGCUAAUGAAGGCCACGCCAGUUUACCUGGACAUACUGGGAUAGAGACCUGGAGACCAGCUCCUCUACCUGCACAUACUGGGAUAGAGACCUGGAGAAAAGCUGGUUAACCUGGACAUACUGGGAUAGAGACCUGGACAGCAGCUGGUUUACCUGGACAUACUGGGAUAGAGACCUGGAGACCAGCUGGUUUACCUGGACAUACUGGGAUAGAGACCUGGAGAGCAGCUGGUUUACCUGGACAUACUGGGAUAGAGACCUGGAGGAGCAACUGGUUUACCUGGACAUA